AUUCCGUAGAUCUUCAAUCUGCUAAAACUCCUUUUUAAUCCCAAUCACCAACCUUGCCCAACUCACAUCCACGUUUUUUAUUUUGGGCUCUGACUGCAUUCCUCUUGCGCAAUCGUCCCAUUGUUACCUUUCUUGGAUGUCAUUUUUUUCUCUUCUCGAAGAAGUUGUUUUUUGAAUUUGAAAAUCCAUUUGUAUCUGAUUCUUUACGGCUUCAUAUUGGUUUCUUAAACUUCUUGAAUUCGUAACGACAGAAAUCCUGCGCCGACUCCUGACUCGAGCGACAUAAGUGGCCCACGCCUAUUUCGAACACCCCCGCGUCUUUGCGCAACCCUUUCAUAGUAUAAUGUAUUUGAUAAUUGGCGCGUCGACUCGAAAGUGACAAGAAUGAACGGGUUUUCAAGUCGAGGUCAAAAUGACUUCGAAUCCGUAGCGCCGCCACCUCUGCGCCCUAGGUUGACUCCUAGGCUUGCGCCGAGGGGUCCGGCGCUAGUAGAGUCAUAUAGGGAAGACGGUAUGAAUGGCUUUGAGAAAGAUCCACGGCGGUUCAACCCAAUGAACCCGAAUCGUGUCCAAAGCUCAGUACUAGUCGACCUAAAAGACCCUGUCCAGGUACACUUACUUACCGAAACCGCCCUACUCGAUAGCAAGGAAUAUGAAAUUCUAUCUCAGGAGGAAGUAGAUGACUUAAAGAAACAGUGUCAGAUCUUGAAUCAGCGGAUCGAGCAGACUCGGGCCAACCUUGCAAUCCAGUCCAAAUACCGCGAUGCCGCCAUAUCGAUGUCUAAGUUGUAUUCUCCAACGAGACCUGACACGAAGAGAAGGAGUCUUCUAGGUCAUCGGCACAGCGGGUCGAGUGAUGCGGCGAAGGAAGCAGAGCAUGAGCUCACAACAAUUCAGAGGAAGUGCGAGGAUCUGGCCUCCGAACUAUGGUCAUUGGAAAAGCGCGCCAUGGAGCCCCAGAAGAGAUUGUUAGAACAUACCGCAGGCAUCCUACAGCUUACGCAUAAAACAGCGAAGAAAUCGGCGAAUCCAUCUCCUAGGGUUCCUCUUCUUAACGGCGUUCCUGCUAGUCCCGAGAGCAUGUAUACAACAUCGAAUGGCCGUGACAGCCUCGGAAUGGACUUCUUAGAAGACGGAUUUACUUUCGACGAAGCAAGUUUGUAUCGGUCCUUUGACCAGUCUGAUAGAUUCAACAAUCAGUUUCAACAGAGCACCAUCGAGAUCCCCAUGAAGUCGCCCAUUCGAGGACAAAACAAACAGCUUACUGAGGAAAGCGAGCGGUUGCGUGAAGAGAACCGAGAGCUCCGGGCCCAGGCUGAAUCGCUACUCAGAGGAUCGGGUUCAACUCAAUGGAAGCUGAUUUCGGACACAGAAAGUAAAUUAGAGAACUUCAACCGCCAACUACGCGAUAUGGUUGUGAACGCAGACCCUGCAAAAAAUGGCAAUUAUAUGGCUGUGCCAUCCGGUCAACUUGAACCUGGUGAUAUGAUUGGAAGCCAUCUAGAGUACCUUGAAAAUGUUCUAGCUGCCAUUUCUGGAGGCCGAGGCAACACCGUGCAGAUGGCAGGAAAGAUACAAACAGUCAAUGCUCAGAUUCAAGGCGUACUCCUAGAGGCCAAUAUAACCUAUCCACCGCCACCGGACGUUAAUUUAGGUGUUGAGGAUCAGCUUGGUUACUUGCGGGAAUCGCUGCAGGUAGUUGAGGAUGAGUUGCGGCAAGGUGGCAGCAAAAGCCAGGGGGCACAGUCCGAGCCGGUUCUUAUGGGACUCUGGGACAUGAUCCAAACUGGCUAUGCCGGUAUAAGGCAACGGAGGCAAGAACGGCGAAAGGCUCGCAUGGAGAAGGGGUUAGAUCCAGACGAGGACGAAAUGUCUGAUGGCGAGUCAUUCGAUGCCAAUGAACCGUUUUCAUUGUUGGCUUUCGAGACUAAGAUCCAGUGGCUAUACAGGCAAGCCACCAAGCUGCAAGAGCAGAAGUGUGUCUUGAAGCGACAGGUCAAGCAACAGCGCGAACUUAACAGCAGGUCCGACUCGGAGAAAGAUCAAGCAUUAAGAGACAAGAUGGACGAAAUCGAAGAGAUCAGAGAGUUGCUCCACCGAGCGGAGAAGGAAACCGAUAACGUUCGUUCGCAACUCUCGAUCGCCUUGGAAGACAUCGAAAAGUCACAGAAGGACCGAACCGAAGAAUCUGCUGCCAUGGAUGAAGCGCGAGGGCAACUCAAAGAACGGAAUGCCAAGAUCGCUUCGCUAGAGGCUGGCACUAGGGAUGUACAGGCGCGUCUGGUAACGGCAGAAGCUAACAUUGUAGCCAUCACUGCACAGUUACAAGAAGCCAGCGACGCUAGAGAUGUUACUGAUAAGGCUGUUAAGGAUAAGGAGAACGAACUCAAGGCCAAGGACGAGGAACUCGCACAGAUGACAGGCAUGGUUGCUGAACUUAAGAUGGAAGCCACUCUUGCCAAGGCUGAACUCGAUGGUGCCUAUGGCUCGAGGAAAGAGAGGGCUGCAGAGGUUGCGGCUUUGCAUAAUAACUCCGAGUCGAGUAAGAUGCAGAACAGAGUUAAUAUCCUAGAGAAAGAGCUAAAAGCUACCGCUAAAGAUCUUACCGACAUCGUCAAGCAAUCGGUCGAGAGCGAGAAGAAGAUAGGAGAACUAGAAAACGAGCUCGACCGAGUCAAGGCUGAGCGCUCCAAGAUCAAGGACGAGAAGGAUGCGAUGAACGAAGAACUGGAGAGGCGACUCCGCGAGGCCACUACCGAUAUCGAGGAAAGCCUUGGCAACGAGAUCGCAAGGCUUCGGAAGGAGAAGGAGCAGAUUCAAGAUGAGCUCGACAAGGAGCGACUGGGAUCUGCUCGGAUGCCAUUAUCGCCGGGCGGUACCAAUAAGACUUCGUACCUAACCGAUUCAUACAGGUCAGGCUUGAGGGCCGAGAGGAAGAAGUACGAGGAGCAGCUAAGAGCGGAACAAAUGGUGCGGAGGAAGCUCGAGGACGAGCUAAGGACAUUGAAGAGGGCACAAGGGCCUGGCAAGAGCCCAUUAAGCCCUCGGUAAGACCAACAUUCCAGUCAUUCGUUCUAUUGUUGAAUAUUAUACCCACACAUAUCCUUUUGUCAAAGGCAUAUUUUUCCCCUUUUCUAUUAUUGUAUAAAAGUUUAGCCAGUGGUUCGGCUCAGUUUUUAGAUAUUAUCUGCAUUGGGAUGGCGAUUGGAAAAAUUCUUGGAUUACACUGUACCACUCGACUUGGUUAGCAAUCGGGUUUAUUACUAUGUUUUGGAUGUUCAACUUUAGCGAACAAUUGGAUGUGUUCGAAGAUGAAAAUGAGAAGAUGAUUACUUAAAUAUG